CUUUUUCUUCGUUUCUUUCUUGUGUUUAAUUGAUGAUUGGUUUUCCACACUCGCCAGAUUGCAGAGAUUAGAAGAUCCAACAAUGUUGACACUCUCCGAGUUCUCUGUUUCUCUCUCAGGAGGCUGUGUUCAAUUCCAUUUUCAUCUCAAAUUUCUCUGAAAUCAGUUCGAUUUCUUUCUGUUUGCGCAUGAAGGCUCGAAAUUUAGAGGCUUACAAUUCGAUUUGGCUGAGAAAAUAGGUUUUUGUCUAGAUCAGAGCUCGAAUUGGACACUUAAUCUAAUAGCUUCAUAUUUUAUUUAGGUGUAUUUGGAGGGUGUUUGUGGAAGCCUGAUCUGGUGAAGUUGGUCCAUAUUUUUCGUACAGAGUUGAGUUUGAGGUUAUUUAUACGUUUGCUGGGUUAUAUCUUGGCUGUUCCAGUGUAGAUUUGAAGGAACUUGGUUGACGUGUUGAAGUUUGUGGCUUUGGGGCGGGGGGCGGGGUGUAAAGAGAAGUGUUGGAUAGUGAAUUUUCUGGGCUAUGGUGUGUUUUGUCUGAUUUGGCGGUUUUGCAUGUCGAAUUAGUAAGGGGUCGUCUGCUAUUUCGUGGAGGAUCCCAUAAAUUUCAGGUUUGCACUGUGGAUGUUUGCUAUUACAUACUGAGAUAGAAUGUUGUCAUUUUUAUUGGUUCAGUUACAAAGUGAAGUAAGAGAAUAGCUCAAUUGGGUAGUUUUUUUGUAGUUUUGGAGGAUUGGUCUUGUGGGUUUGCAAUAAUUUUUGGUGGAGAUGUUUGUUUCGGGUGCAGAUUCUGGGCAUGAUAAUAGUGGGGUUUCGGGGCCGGUAUUGAUACCAGCGCGUUUUGUGUGGCCUUAUGGGGGAAGAAGGGUGUUUCUAAGUGGCUCUUUCACCAGGUGGUCUGAUCCUAUACCAAUGUCUCCAAUGGAGGGUUGCCCUACUGUAUUUCAAGUUAUGUACAACUUAACGCCAGGAUAUCACCAGUUCAAGUUUUUUGUUGAUGGAGAAUGGCGGCACGAUGAGAACCAACCGUUUGUAAGCGGAAAUUACGGGGUAGUGAACACUAUCUUCUUAGAACCUGAUAUGAUUCCUGCUUUUUUUAGCUCAGAUAUGCCUGGUAGAUCGAAUAUGGAUGUGGAUAAUGAUCCCAUUCUUCGACAGGAAGCAGUUCCUAGGAUAUCACAAGCUGAUAUAGAGUUAUCUCGCCAUCGUAUAUCUGUAUUCUUGUCUACGCAUACUGCUUAUGAAUUACUUCCUGACUCUGGCAAGGUCAUUGCCUUGGACGUGAAUUUACCAGUGAAGCAAGCAUUUCAUAUUCUCUAUGAACAGGGAAUUCCUGUGGCUCCUCUCUGGGAUUUUUGCAAGGGCCGAUUUGUUGGAGUUCUCAGUGCACUAGAUUUCAUCUUGAUUCUCAGAGAGCUUGGGAAUCAUGGAUCGAAUUUGACGGAGGAAGAGCUUGAGACACACACUAUUUCAGCAUGGAAAGAGGUGAAAUUACAUCUCUCCAGGCAAAUUGAUGGCAAUGCAAGAUCGUAUUCAAGACAUCUUGUACACGCUGGGCCUUAUGAUUCUUUGAAAGAUGUUGCUUUGAAACUGUUGCAAAACAAAGUUGCGACAGUUCCUAUUAUUCACUCUUCUUCACAGGAUGUCUCAUUUCCGCAGCUGCUACAUUUGGCUUCUCUAGCUGGAAUCCUAAAAUGUAUUUGCAGGCAUUUUAGACAUUCUUCUAGCUCCUUGCCCAUUCUUCAACAUCCAAUUUGUUCUAUCCCUUUAGGUACAUGGGUUCCAAAUAUUGGGGAAUCAAAUGGACAGCCAUUUGCAACAUUGAGACGUAAUGCCUCUCUUAGUGCUGCCCUUUCUCUGUUAGUUCAAGCUGAAGUUAGUUCAAUACCAAUAGUGGAUGACAAUGACUCACUGCUCGAUAUAUAUUGUCGAAGUGACAUCACAGCUUUGGCAAAAGACAAGGCAUAUGCGCAAAUUCACCUUGAUGAAUUGAGCAUUCAUCAGGCACUCCAACUGGGACAAGAUGUGAGUUCUCCUUCCAACGGGCAGAGAUGUCAGAUGUGUUUGCGAUCCGAUCCUUUGCACAAAGUGAUGGAACGGCUAGCAAUUCCUGGGGUUAGGAGACUCGUGAUUGUGGAGGCUGGUACUAAUCGUGUAGAAGGCAUAAUUUCUUUGAGUGAUGUGUUCAAGUUCUUGCUUGGUUAGGGAAACAGCUGGCUUUUUUAGGAAGGGGUAUGUUAUGCUGGCUUUAGUUAGGGGCCAUUUAUUCUGAUGACACUCAAAUUGUUGUCUCAUCUGUCGUCAACCCCGCUUGCCUGGGCGCACGGUCUUUUUAUGGUCUUCUGAGUCAUUGAUUGGAUGGGCAUCAAGCUUCUGAACCCCACCUUUUUUAGCAUACAAGUUCGAAAUUUGAAAGGAAAAAAAAGUCUGUAAAGUGAGAGAAUUCAUACUUUUUUUUUUUGUUUUUUCCUUGCUUUGAUCUUUAUAAACUAGUUAUUUAUCAAGUCAGCCGUCUUGCUGGUACAACCGGUAUGUUUCUCUUUUUCUGCUAGCAGGAAACUGGCGAAGAGUUACGAAACUGUUGGCGUCACCUAUGCUGUUGACGGCUGUGGUAAAAAGUGGGUUGAUGGCUCGUGUUUUUUCUUAAUUACUGAUCUCCACCUUACAUUUUUGUUGUAGCAUUGCUCUGAACAUUUUAUGACUUCCUUUAACAGAACCCACACACACGUAGGUUCUGUGGUUUAUCGUUUCUCAGUUUAGACGGCGUGUUUGUGUUUCAUGCCUCCAUGUUGUAAAUGUAUUCAAUUCAU